UUCAUACUGUGGAUCUCUCCCUCGAUGGCAUUCUGCAAGUGGACAUUUGAUGCACUCAGUGAGCGUGACAAAAUGAAAUUUACUGUUCAUACUAAGACCUCACUGCCCAGCUACAAGCAGCCCGAGAUGAAUGUGGUCCGUCAGCACGAGGAGUUUGUGUGGCUUCAUGACAGGUUUGAGGAGAAGCCAGAGUAUGCAGGCAUCAUUAUCCCUCCGCCUCCACCACGACCAGACUUUGAUGCGUCCAGAGAGAAGUUACAGAAGCUGGGGGAGGGGGAAGGCAGCAUGACCAAGGAGGAGUUCACCAAGAUGAAGCAGGAACUCGAGGCAGAGUACCUGGCCACAUUCAAGAAGACAGUUGCCAUGCAUGAGGUGUUCCUUCAGAGGAUUGCUGCCCAUCCGUCACUAAGAGGAGACGUGAACUUUGAGGUGUUCCUCUCCUUCGACCAAGAUUUAAAUGUGCGAAACAAGAACAAGAAAGAGAAGAUUGGUGGAUUCUUCAAGAGCAUCACAAAGUCAGCAGAUGAGGUCUUGCUCUCAAGUCAAAAGGAUGUUGAUGAUUUCUUCGAGGCAGAGAAGACCUUCCUGGUGACGUACCACACCAAGAUCAAGGACUGCACACAGAAAGCAGACAAGAUGACCAAGGCUCACAAAAAUGUUGCAGACAACUACAUCCAGAUAUCCUCGGGCUUUGUGCAACUAGCCACCAUAGAGAACACAGAUCUAAACAAAAUAUUCACUAAAGUUGCAGAAUCCUUGGAAAAAGCGAGGAAACUUGAGGGCCGUGUAGCGACGGAUGAAGACCUGAAGCUCAGUGAUACGGUUCGUUACUACAUGCGUGACUCAGAAGCAGGCAAAGACCUGCUCUACAGACGUACCAGGGCGCUGGCAGACUAUGAGAAUGCGAACAAAAACCUAGAGAAAGCCAGAACCAAAAACAAGGAAGUGGCUUCUGCAGAAGCUGCUCAACAGAGUUGCUGUGAAAAAUUUGAGAAAAUGUCAGAAACUGCUAAGAAAGAAUUAAUGGAAUUCAAGCAGAGAAGGAUAGCAUACUUCAAGAAGAACUUUGUUGAUUUAGUUGAACUAGAGAUCAAACAUGCCAAGGCUCAGUACCAGCUGUACAGCAGCUGUAUAGCAGCACUGAGAGAGGAUGACUAGACCUGCAUAGCCAGCCUGCCCAGCUGACAGUGCUACACUAGCCUGGGUCUCAAACACAGCAGCCUGGGUCUCAAACACAGCAGCCUGGCGCCUUACCGGCUCUUGGUGCAGUGUCUAAAGGAACUUGGGAACUUUAGUUUGUUAAUGGACAUAUGAACUUGCAUAUGCAACAAUUUGUCCAUUGUUGUUUAAUGACGACUGAGGUUGUAGGUUUGUAAGUGACUUGUGGGACCAGGCUCAAUGUUAAGUGUGUUUGUGUUUUAUUUGUUUACAUUUUAGUAUGAGAGCAGUUUAUUGGAAAGACAUUGAAGUUAUGUGCAAUACUUAAGAAAUUAACUGUCGUUUCAUAAAUGGGCACUUGCUUUAAAUCACUUAGAAAAAGAUGUACUUGUAAACACUUGUGGUGCAGCGAGAGUUAAACAUUCACGUGGGAUAUCGAAACAUUCCACUGAGUCCUUUUUUGAGAUUGAUGAAUAUGUUUGCCUAACAGGACAAAAUGAUUAUUUAUUUAUAAAUGUCAUGAUGUACAGCUUUGUAUAGAUAUAAUUAAACUAUUGAAUGUGUUAUAA